GAAUAACUCUAAUAAUGGGCCCUCUAGCAUGAAGCACUUGUGGUCUAUGCAGUCGUCGUAGUAGACUGUAGAUCUAUAAGUGACGUCGGGGCUCGGCAGUCGGGACUCGGGAGAUCUCCACCUACAUUUUCACAGCGACGACAAUUCACUCCUCGCUUCGUGUUCUCACAUCAACACUCACACCUCACACACCACACUCACCAUGGCCGCCGACGACAUCUCCAUAUCCUUCCCGCCCGCGUCGUCGGCCACAGACACCUCCCUCACGACGACGCUCGCCUCGAUCGUCAACACGUCCUACGCCACCGCCGAAGCCGGCAUCUGGACACCUGGCCACGAGCGGACCAACCCCGACGACAUCGCCUCGCUCAUCCAAAAGGCCCAGCUCGCCGUCGUAUACGACCAUGCCCGCUCCAAACAACCCAUCGGCUGUCUCGUGUACAAGCUCAUCUCCCCUGCCCUGUCCAACUUUGGCAUGCUGGCGCUCGACCAAGCAUACCGGAGCACGGGGAUUGGUAGGCGCAUGGUGGUCUUUGUCGAAGAGGAGAGUCGACGACGCGGAUGUGAGAAUUGCUCAUGCGAAUUACUAAUGCCUACCGAGUUUACGCACGAGUACAAGGAGAGGACGCAAAAGUGGUAUGAGAAGAUGGGCUAUUCCGUUGUGAAAGUGGGCGACUUUGCAACAGAGUAUCCCGCAUUUAUUAAGUAUCUAGCUGGCCCUGUGGAAUACCGCAUAUUUGAAAAGACAUUAUGAAAACCUCGACGUACAUUCUUACAAUGGCAAGACGCCAAGAGAGAUUAGAUCAUCAGCAUGGAGACCAGCAUGGCGCCGGCGAGGACACCGCCCGUCAUCAUCUUGACGGCGCCGCUGUCCGUGGGGACGGACGAGGGCUCGCCAGUGCUGUCACCGCCCAUGUCGGAGGUCAUGGUAGCCUCCAUGUCGCCGUCGGCAGCGACGGCGGCGUAGGUCUGCAGCAGCUCGGGGGUGGUGUAGGACAUC